AUGGCCGAUCCAGUCACUCUCGCCAUCGGCGGGGUUGGGGUUGCUGUUGCACUAACACAACUCGGUCAGGCUGUAUACAAGGGUCGCAAAGAUGACAAGCAAAAUCGCAGGAUGAUGCAGAUGGUUCAGCAAAAUAAUGGUUACGGUGGCUCACAUUCGAGUGGUCCGGUCACUCAACCUGCCUACCCCCAUCCAAAUACCCAUACGCUUGCAAUAUCGCAUCAAACAAUGGGUCGACAGUCCACUUUCACAAGUCCAAAUGGCUGGUUUGUGUCCGUUGGGCACGGUCCAGAGGCUCGAUCGUCGGGCACUUUCAUAACUCAAACUACCUCAUACAACAGUGGAUUUCCUAUCGGUCAUGUCAACCAAAACAGUCACAUCCCCUCGCAAUCCCAAGUCUUCCUACCAGCCCCAGCGGCGGGUAUGAUGCUUCCCAUUGAAUAUACACAGCCAUACACCACGGGAAGAGUCGUGGAACUGCCUCAAACAGGAUCACAACGGUUUCUUCCGGACCCGGCGAAUCACACACCUCGAUAUUCUCACGCAGAGCCCACAGUGAAAUCGAAGAAGUAUCAAUGGUGA